AGUAGCAGUGACAGGACUUUGAUUCAAGUGCCUUUGGUUCUUCAAGUGGCUCCCAGCAGCCUGCAAUUUCUUAUCAGACUGCUGCCGGGAAUCUCGAGAUUUUGUCUCAGAAUGCGACUCGCUGUCCGUCAAUUUCAUACUAGUCUUUCGGAUACCUAAUAGCAUCAGUACUUAACCCGACGCGGUGGCCGCCGCCACUUAUCGAACCUUGUUCGUUAUUUCAGACCUCCCCAGAAACUACUGUUCAUCAUGUCUGUCUGGAAUCCAGAUAAUAUCCGUGACGUUGCGGAGUCCGUUGGCAUCGCGAACCUGAACAACGAUGUGAUCGAGAACCUCGCGCGCGACGUCGAAUACCGCAUUGCUCAAGUGCUCGAGGAGGCUCUCAAAUUCAUGCGACACAGUAAACGCACACUGCUCACGACGCAGGAUAUAGCGCUUGCAUUACGGGUCCUAGACGUCGAGCCUCUAUAUGGAUACGAGUCGUCGCGACCGCUGCGAUUUGGGGAAGCUUCCCUGGGACCUGGACAGCCGUUGUUUUACGUGGAGGAUGAGGAGGUGGAUUUCGAGAAGCUCAUUAAUGCGCCGCUGCCAAAAGUACCGAGAGAGAUCUCAUUUACAGCGCACUGGUUGGCAGUCGAAGGCGUGCAGCCAUCUAUCCCUCAGAACCCUACAUCGGCCGAUUCGCGCAAUCUCGAGCUCGUAUCGAAGGGAUCGAACGCGAACCCGAACUUGGCUGCUAUGAGCGGCAACGCAAAUGUCGCCGUCAAGCCGCUUGUCAAACAUAUCCUCUCCAAAGAAUUGCAGCUUUACUUCGAGAAGGUGUGCAAUGCCUUCUUGGACGAGUCCAGCGAAGAAUAUAGAACCUCUGGCUAUUCGAGUUUGCGAGAGGAUCCUGGUCUGCACCAGCUGGUGCCGUACUUUGUUCAGUUCAUCUCAGAGAAGGUUACGCAUAGCUUGAAAGACAUUUUUGCCUUGACGCAGGUGAUGCACAUGGCGGAAGCUCUGAUUCAGAACAAGUCUUUAUAUGUGGACCCUUAUGUCGCAUCUCUCGUCCCCCCUGUCUUGACAUGUCUUAUCGGAAGACAGCUUGGAGGCAAUGCUGACCUAGCGGAGCAAUUCGCUUUACGAGAUCUGGCAGCCUCUCUUCUGGGACUUAUUGCCAGGAAAUAUUCGCAUUCAUCACAUACGCUCAAGCCUAGACUGGCACGGUCAUGCCUUAAAAACUUUCUGGAUCCGGCCAAACCGUUUGGAACUCACUACGGCGCGAUUAUCGGACUGCAUGCCAUUGGAGGUCCAGACGUUGUGCGCGAGCUCAUCUUGCCUAAUCUGAAACUCUACGAACAGCUACUGAGAGACGGGCUCAGCGACGACAACCCUCGAAAACCAGAAGCAGAAAAGGUCUUGCAGGCAUUGCUGGCAGUGUUAUCGACACUGGAGGAUGGGCGCGUCCAUCUCGCAAAUGGCCACGGUGCUAUUGUCACGGACGAGCUCAGGGAUCGCCUCAGUGAGAAAGUCGGAGGACUCAUUGCCGCGCGACUUGCGGACGCAGGGGAGGUGCAGCUGGCACAUGCGAUCCUCGGAGACUGAAUGGAGGUGUUUCGUGCGCAGUAAGAAUCUCCAGGCACAGUAGUUACGGUCCUUAGGCGUUCUGGUGCUGGUUGGCUUAUUCGGAGGGAAACGAGCAUGUCGACUGUGUUUUCAUUACCUAUUCAUUGUUCUGUUAUGGUAGUCUUGAAAAGGUUGGGGCACCAUUUCCUACGAUACCCUCUUGCGAUUAAGAGGACGAUGCAUUCAUGGAUUCUUUAUAUAACUCCCCUAGUAGCAUGCAUUGGCAAAUCAUAGAUGGAUACUUGGAAUCGCG